AUGGCUUCAGAAUAUUCUGCUCGUCUCCAAGCUGUUCAUCAGAUCAGGCCGCACUCUCCUUCUCCAGCAACCGGUAAAGCACGUUCAGAACUAGCCAAAGUCCAACUUCGAGCCUUUUCUUCGAGAAUGGUUUCUCAUUCUGUCAACAAGACCGCUCUCCACCCUGGGGGUGUCGAGCCAGGCCGCGAGCACACCGAGCUCGAAGAAGAGCUCCAUACCACCGCACACAUUGACUACGACCGCGUCGCCAUUGUUGCCAAUCCCUCAGUAUCUGCUCUCUACGAAGAUGCCCUGGUCUACGAAACCGGUACGGCCAUUACUUCCUCAGGAGCUUUGACGGCCUACUCAGGCUCCAAGACCGGUCGUUCCCCGCUAGAUAAGCGUGUGGUCAAGGAGGAAAGCUCGGAGAAGGAUGUGUGGUGGGGACCAGUCAACAAGCCUAUGAGCCCAGAAGUCUGGAAGAUCAAUCGAGAACGCGCCGUCGACUACCUCAAUACCCGCAACCGUAUCUAUGUCAUCGAUGGCUUCGCUGGCUGGGAUGAACGAUACCGCAUCAGUGUCCGAGUUGUCUGUGCCCGGGCCUAUCAUGCCCUGUUCAUGCGGAACAUGCUCAUCAGACCCUCUCCUGAAGAGCUGCAGCAUUUCCAUCCUGACUAUGUCAUCUACAAUGCCGGGUCUUUCCCCGCCAACCGAUACACAUCUGGGAUGACCAGCGCCACCAGCGUUGCCAUCAACUUUGCUGAGAAAGAGAUGGUGAUCCUUGGUACUGAAUAUGCGGGCGAGAUGAAGAAGGGUGUCUUCACCGUCCUCUUCUAUGAGAUGCCCGUCAAGCACAACGUCUUGACCCUCCACUCCUCGGCCAACGAGGGUCAGGAUGGCGAUGUGACCGUCUUCUUCGGGCUGUCUGGCACCGGCAAAACUACACUCUCCGCUGAUCCUAACCGCAAGUUGAUCGGUGACGACGAGCAUUGCUGGACCGACAAAGGUAUCUUCAACAUCGAAGGAGGUUGCUAUGCUAAGUGUAUUGGUCUGUCUGCGGAGAAGGAACCGGAUAUCUUCAAUGCCAUUCGAUUCGGCUCCGUCUUGGAGAAUGUGGUCUUUGACCCCGAGACUCGAGAAGUGGACUACGACGACGCGACCUUGACGGAGAACACUCGCUGCGCAUACCCUAUCGAGUACAUCAGCAAUGCUAAGAUCCCGUGUCUCAGCGAUAACCAUCCUAGCAACAUCAUCCUCCUGACUUGCGAUGCCCGUGGCGUGCUGCCACCCAUCUCCAAGCUGAACACGGCACAGACCAUGUUCCACUUCAUCUCUGGCUAUACAUCCAAGAUGGCUGGCACCGAAGAUGGCGUUACGGAGCCUCAGGCUACCUUCUCAUCCUGCUUCGCUCAACCUUUCUUGGCUCUGCACCCGAUGCGUUAUGCGAAAAUGCUUGCUGACAAGAUCUCCGAACACAAUGUCAACGCAUGGCUGCUCAACACCGGUUGGGUCGGUGCCGGUGCUACUACUGGUGGCAAACGUUGUCCAUUGAAGUACACGCGUGCUAUCCUGGACGCUAUUCACUCUGGAGAGUUGGCCAAGGCCGAGUACGAGACAUACGAUGUGUUCAACCUCAAUGUCCCCAAGUCAUGCCCCAACGUGCCCGAUGAGCUCUUGAACCCCAAGAAGUCAUGGACUGGCUCCGCCGACUUUGGCGAGGAAGUGACCAAGCUCGCGAAGUUGUUCAACGAGAACUUUAAGAAAUACUCCGAUGAGGCCACUGAGGAGGUCAUCAAGGCCGGGCCCACCGUGUAA